UUUACUGUCUCACUCAGUCUCAACUCUCAACGGUCUAAACUCUAUACUCUAGUCUAAAUUCUAAACAAAGUCACACAUGCUCUGCACUAUGACACACCUCAAACCCUAGCUCCUUCCGAUCUACUCACCACAAUUCUGCUUGCCACCGUCCGUGGUCGCCGUGCUGCUCUGCCGUGAUCGCCGUACUGCUUCUCUCCCUCGUCGCCGUUCUGCUCGCCGUUGUCACCGAAAUUCUGGUAGCAUUUCUUUGACACUGAAAUAACGAAGAAACAAAUGAAGAUGAAGACCAAAACACCAUUGAAGCAGCUCAAGCUUGCUGUUCCUGCUCAAGAAACACCCAUCACUUCAUUCCUGACUGCAAGUGGCACGUUCCAUGAUGGAGAUCUGCUGUUAAAUCAGAAAGGACUGCGUCUCAUAUCUGAAGAGAAAGAAUCAAGGCCUUCUGAUGGUAAGGAACUGGAAUUCGAUUUCUCCCUUGAUGACCUUGAGACCAUCAAAGUGAUUGGAAAAGGUAGUGGUGGCGUAGUACAACUUGUUCAACAUAAGUGGGUUGGAAGAUUGUUUGCUCUGAAGGUCAUUCAGAUGAACAUACAAGAGGAGAUUCGAAAACAGAUUGUUCAGGAACUGAAAAUAAACCAAGCUUCACAAUGUCCACAUGUUGUGGUUUGUUACCACUCAUUCUACCAUAACGGAGUUAUAUCGCUUGUCUUAGAAUACAUGGAUCGCGGUUCUCUGGCAGAUGUAGUCAGACAAGUUAAAACAAUUCUGGAACCAUAUCUUGCCGUGGUUUGUAAGCAGGUGUUACAAGGUCUUGUUUACUUGCAUAAUGAGAGACAUGUGAUACAUAGGGACAUCAAACCAUCCAACUUAUUAGUCAAUCACAAAGGGGAGGUGAAGAUUACUGAUUUUGGCGUUAGUGCUAUGUUGGCAAGCUCAAUGGGCCAAAGAGAUACAUUUGUCGGAACUUACAACUACAUGUCGCCAGAAAGAAUUAGUGGGAGCACUUAUGAUUGUAGCAGUGAUAUCUGGAGUUUGGGCUUGGUAGUACUUGAGUGCGCCAUAGGAAGGUUUCCUUACAUACAAUCCGAGGAUCAGCAAUGCUCCCCUAGUUUCUAUGAGCUUCUGGAAGCAAUUGUUGAAAGGCCUCCACCUUCGGCUCCGGCAGAUCAAUUCUCUCCAGAGUUCUGUUCAUUUGUAUCAUCCUGCAUCCAAAAAGAUCCACGGGAUAGAUUGACAUCCUUGGAGCUUCUGGACCAUCCUUUCAUAAAAAAGUUUGAAGAUAAAGAUCUUGAUCUUGGAAUUUUAGUAGAUAGCUUGGAGCCCCCUGUAAAUUUUGCUAGAUAAAGAUCUUAAAAUGCAAUGUGUAAAAUUUGUACUUGACCAUCAUAACUCUUGAAACAGUUCAUGAAAACUUCUCGUCCGUGAUGCUACAAUAGAAAUAUAUAUCCGUGUCAGUUUUGAGAUUGUUAACUUCAAUUAUAAUUUCAUUAAACUUAUUU